UUGCUAUAGACAUGUAUUGAAUCACGCAAAGGCUAAAGAGUGAAAGUUGUAACUUGCAUCAUUAUCCUUCUCAGCCCUCAAUUCUUAUCAUCUGAUUUCAGUUUUUUCACCAAACCAAUAUUGAUGCUUCUAUUGAUAACUGUAAUACCAAUCAAAGAUUAACACUUUCAAUACUUGUUUCAUUAAUAAUCAUGGCUACAUUUUUCUCUGUGUAAUUUCUCUAGUCAUGUUUCUUUGCCAACUUUCUUGAUACUUGUUGCCUGUCAAAGUCAGCAGUAGCUUCUAUGUUUUUCUCUCUUGGUGGCAAACAAAACAACUAAACCCUUAUUUUGUUGGUCCUUUAUUUAAUUUUAGUUAAUUGUUUAUGAAUUUUUAAUUAUAUUUUAAACCAAUGAUUAACAGAAGAGCAAGGAACUAUCUUCAUCUAUUUAAUCAACUCGUUUAUCAACAAAAACGUUAUCAUCUCUAUUGAACAAGUGCAUUGUCUGAUUCACAACAUCAUCCUUCUAUGUUUGGCAAAUACACAAAUUGAGACUCCUUGUUAUACGCACUUCCAGCUUAAUUAAUUGCCUUCCAAUUCUUCAUUAUUAGUGAUAUCAUUAUUUUAUUAAUUUAUUAACACUACAAUCAACACCAAACACUGUUAAUAUCUAUUAUCCGUAUAUCUUAAAUAUAUCAUCUACAGUUUGUUUUGUGAUUUCUCAAAUUGAAAGCAACCAGAGCCUAGUAAGCCAACCUAAGGUUCACUCUGCUUGAUAAGAUCAAUGAAAGAAAAUAGAGUGAAAGCAAAAUCUGGUAGCUACUAAAAUCAAACUUGUUGCUUCUUUUUCAAACCAAUUGGUGCCUGGAUGUUUUUAAGCUUAAAUUUUGCUUAAAAUGAUUCAUCUUUGGAUAUUAUAUUUUUGCUGCAUUUCUUCUACGCUUUCACAAAGUCUUUUGGACCAAGGAGGCUUAUUGGCUGCCUUUGGAGACUUGAAUAAUGACAAGUUGACGGACAUUUUUGUGAUAACAGAUGAUGGAAAUUCGUUUGGUGCUCUUUUAGCUCAAAAGGGUAAAAAUGCAUUCAGUGGAGUUGACCGUAAAUGCACCAUGCCUGAUAAUGAAAUCAUAGUUGAACUUAUCCCUAGCGAUUUCACUGGUAAUGCUAUGAUGGAUGUGUUGGUGGUUUCUGGCACCCCUAGUAAAGGAGACCUUAUUGAUACGUUCAACUUGAGACUUUUACGACCAAAUGGUUCCCUACUAGACUGUGCUCCUCUCUCCGAACGCCCUUUUGCAACAGUCAACUCACAUCCCUUGCUACUUGACUAUAACGGUGAUAUGAUAUCUGAUAUUUUAGCUCAAGAUGGAAAAAUUGAUCCAGUAUACUAUGUUUGGAUCGGCCGUGAGGAAGGAAUGCCAGAAAAAACUAAAUUUCCAGCUAGCAAGGAUGGUUUUAAAUCUUCUCGUUCAUUACCCAUGAAAUCUCCACAUUCUAAUGCCUUUAUAGAUCUCAAUAAAGAUGGGGUUGCUGAUAUUUUUAUUACAACUGCAACAGAAAUGCAAUACUGGCUUGCUAGUGAAAAUGGCUAUCUAGAACCUACUUAUACCUUUGAAUAUCCAAAAUCUUCCAAAGGCUCAUUGAAAAUCGGACAAUCUAUUUUUGUUGAUAUCAAUUCUGACGGACAAAUUGAUCAUCUUGUACCUGUCUGUAAUCCUCAUUAUUGUAGCAUUUACGGUCUCUUAUGGAAUUUCACUGCUUCUUAUGAAUGGGAAAUUUUAUUAGACGACAUCAAAAUCGAUGGCAAUCCAUAUCAAUUUGUUGAAAUAGAUCAUAUUCAUUUUAAAAUCCCUAUGGCCUUGAGAGCUGGUGAUGUAACAAUGGAUGGUUAUCCUGAUUUGAUUGCAAUUAUGCGUCACGGUUCUCAUGUUAACGAGGUGGUAAUCUUUCAAAAUGAGCCAUCAGCCAAUAAUUCAUUUGGCAGACAUUUAUCUCCUUCUGUAGUUCCUUUAAAGAAAAGUCUUUCCAACGCUGGUGAUCCUGAACUAGCAACUUUCUUUGAUAUCUCGGAAAAUGGAAAACUCGAUAUUCUCAUAAAUACAGGACCCUUGUACAAUGAUUCACGAACACCUUCUACUCCUUUGCAAACUCGAAAGAUGAAAAUUUUUGGUGAAAUAGAUGAAUCAGGAAUAGAUUCAAAUUUUCUCAAAGUUCUUGUAUCAAGUGGUCUCUGUACUGAUCGAAAUUGUUAUGGUAAAGAUUAUUAUGUUAUCGAAAAAUACCGUGUUCCUUACGGUACAAACAGAGCGGGUCCAACAGUCUGCACAUCUUUAUUGGACUCGAAAGGUUUACAAAUGGAAUCUUGUGCCGGACAAUUGUCCCAAUCAGCUCACUUUGCUCUACAAAUGCCUUAUUGUUUUUUCGGUCUUGGACCGUAUGCAAAUUAUAUUGAUCGCCUUACAGUAACUGUUCCUUCUGGUAAUACAAGUACUAUUUUGAAGCACGUUGAAGAACAGUUUGUUCCCGAUUCUCAGAUUGUUAUCAUCACCAAUCCCUUAAAUGAGCCUAAAAAGUGGAAAGUUCAAUUCUGGUUGACACCUAGUGAAUUUAUAAACAAAACAUUGUACACCUUUACGGCUAUUUGUUUAGUGUUGAUUAUUUUAAUUGCUAUUCUCCAUCAUAAAGAAGUCAGGGAAGAUGCGUACGAAAAGCAACUUUUCAAAGGUUUUUGGGUUGAUAGUUAAAAAUAUUUUCGAAAAGUGGAAGCUAUAAAAGGUGCAAAGUUCCUAAGUGUCUUUUAAUCCAUUCAAGUUUGUUAACCGAUUGAUAUUAAAACGAUUAACGUUACCGAAAUCAGUGAAGAAAAUGUUUACUUCCUAAAGUUGUGUUUUUAUUGAAAUAUUUCAAGUGCCACCUAUUGGUUUGACAUCCAUCAAAAAAGAUCAUCACCUGAAGCUGGUCACAUUGUAGAUGGUCAAUGGUUGACAUGCAUCGAUGGUGAACUAGGCUCAACAAAGACACAUUACAUCCAUGAAAUUACUCUUGUGUUGAAAGUUGACCAUUUCUUGGAGAAACAUUCCUUUUGGUCAAGAUUGUUUCAUUGUUUUUGUUCUAUAGUUAAACACAUCAUCAUCCACCUUUGAAAUUGUGAUUGUUUAUUUUGGUAACAUUGCAUCCUAAAUUUGUCUUCCAAGAUGUUCUCGCAUAUUUUCGCAUUCAACUUUACAAGUAGUAAAAAGAAGGCCUCUUCAUCAACUCCAUCAUCAUCUGACUCUGAUAAAUCAACCAGCGAACUUCUAUCUCAAUCGCAUGUUAUCAAAGAGGAUGACCGAAUCGAGGCUUAUGUUGACUUUUCUUCUUUUAAUCAAAUGUGUAAAAAAUCAAAAAAAGUCUCAAACGUUUUAAAGCAAAUCAACAACUUACCUUGACAAUUGUUUAAAUUUAAUAUUUGUAAAUUUACCUCUCUCCUCUUCUCAUCCCUUCAUUCAUGUUUGAAUGCUUUUUUCUAUCUCUCAUUGCAUAUCCAGCAAAUCUUUUUAAUCAAAUGUUUUUGUAAAUUAUGAUCAAACUCAAUUGAAGGUAAUAAAUUUUGUCCAUUUA